UUGCCCAAACGGCCACAAAAGAGAGCGAAAAACGCGCAAGAAACCAAGCCACCCGCCUCCAACCGCGCUUAAAUGCGCGCCUUUUUUCUUCCCAGUCUUCUGCUGAGUUGAACGCCUCGUUUACUCUUACAAAAGGCCCACCUCCUCUGCGCCUCAGGUACUAGCUGUACGCAGGCAGCUUGCUGAACCUGAGCGCGCGGCCGGCGUCGGUUGCUGCUUGCUGCUGCUGCCCACCGGCCGGCCGCGGAGGUCGAGAGAGAGGGGAGCAAUGCACAUUGCCACCUGCGUGUGGCAAGAGAAGGCAGCGGCCAUGGGGAGCAGCGGCGGGAAAGGCGAGUGGGCGGGGAGGAGGGUGUCGGUGGUGGCGCUCCUGGCAGCGGCGGGGGGCGCGCUCAACUGCGCGGUGAGCUUCGUGGUGUUCUCGCUCCUGGACGUGCUGGACAUGGUGCUGUGCCUGGUGUACAAGCUCGUGGACUACGCCGUGGAGGCGGAGUGGAAGGCGUGCUACUGCACGGCGGCGGCGCGGGAAGGUGGUGGUGCGGGGCCGAGAAUCUUCGUGCCCCCGGCGGCGGCCGCGCCGGGGCCGAAGGUGGUGCGGCUGUCGGCGUCGUCUGCCAAGAUGCAGCUGGAGGACGUGUCCGACACGCUGUACGUGCGGCCGUCGCUGCUGGCCGACGCCACCAAGAAGGCCGGCCCCGCCGCGCCAACGCUCACGGUCAGCCCCGCCAUCGCCGAGAUGAUCCGCGGCAAGAUCGACCGCCCACCCCGCCCGCCGAGGCAGGCGCCGUGCUGGUCCGACUGCGACUGCAAGGUCUGCCACUCCUGGAGCGCCGCCUCCCGCUCCUCCUCCCACCUCUACGUCCACGUCCAAGCGCCACCGCCAAGUGGCGGCGAGGGGGCGGUGGAAGACGUGGUGUUCAUCCACGGGUUCAUCUCGUCGUCGGUGUUCUGGACGGAGACGGUGUUCCCGGCGUUCAGCGCGGCGGCGCGGGGGCGGUACCGGAUGUACGCGGUGGACCUGCUGGGGUUCGGGCGGAGCCCCAAGCCGGCGGACUCGCUGUACACGCUGCGGGAGCACGUGGAGAUGAUCGAGCGCUCCGUGCUGCAGCGCUACCGGCUGCGGUCCUUCCACGUCGUGGCGCACUCGCUCGGCUCCGUGCUCGCGCUCGCGCUCGCCGUCAAGUACCCCGGCGCCGUCAAGUCGCUCACCCUCCUCGCGCCGCCGUACUUCCCGGUGCCGAAGGAGGAGGCGGGCGCGGCGACGCAGUACGUGAUGCGGCGGGUGGCGCCGCGGCGGGUGUGGCCGCCGAUCGCGUUCGGGGCGUCGAUGGCGUGCUGGUACGAGCACGUGAGCCGGACCAUCUGCCUCACCAUCUGCAGGCACCACCGCGUCUGGGACCGCCUCUUCAGGAUCUUCACCAGGAACAGGAUGCGGACGUUCCUGAUCGAGGCGUUCAUGUGCCACACCCACAACGCGGCGUGGCACACCCUGCACAACAUCAUCUGCGGCAGCGCCGCCAAGAUGGACACCUACCUCGACGUCGUCUCCGACCAGCUCGCCUGCAAGGUGGCCCUCUUCCACGGCCGCGACGACGAGUUGCUCCCCGUGGAAUGCACGCUCGCGGUGGGCGCCAGGGUGCCCCGCGCGCGCGUCACCGUCUACGACCGCAAGGACCACAUCACCAUCAUCGUCGGCCAGGAGAAGCUCUUCGCCGCCGAGCUCGAGGCCAUCUGGAGGAGCGCCGACGACUAGCAUCCGUCGUCUGCCACUGCACGCGCUGAGCUUCGGUUCUAUACUGAUCCGUCGUCGUCCAACAAUGCACAGAACAGAAGAAGAAGAAGUUAAUGGCCGGUAAAGAAGAAUGCAAUUAAUAACGAUUAUAUCACCCCUGCAAGAUCGAAGAAAUAGAUCAUCAUCAAGAAGAUAUGUAUAAUGCCCAACUAGGAUGAGCAGUUCUAUCCUAUCAUAUCCAAGAGUUAAUACUUAUAUUUAUAGUUGUUUUCCUUUUUCCUUUCUACUCUUCUUUUUCUUCAAUGGUGUAAAGUGUCCUGAAUUAAAUAUACGAGUCGAUCGAGUCUGUAUUAUUUGUUUGAUUGGGCCAACAAGUUGUGAUCAACUUGUCACCAACUCGAUCAGGAUCAAUUGUAAUAUAUGGAUCCGACGUCAAAGCAUAAUUGAUUAAGCUGCAGAAGUUGGUGUUGGAA